UUUCCAAUCAAUUCUCAACCAAACGUUCGAGCAGCCGCCAUUAAACAGCCUGAAAAUAAUUGAUAGAGAGUACACAGAAAUGGUUAAUUUUCACUGGUCCAUCAGAGCCCGUGAACCACCGAUUAACGAGCUUCAAUAAAAAAUCCACGAGCUUUCAGAAGCAUGUCGUUUUGCGCUUUUAAUCCCAGACGCUUAUUUAUCAUCAAAUUCAAACGCUGUCCGCUGCAAUUUCAUGCAUCACAUCGCCAUUAUCACCGCUUAGUAACUAUAAACGAGUUCAAGCUUUUUUGUGCGCUUUUUAACACUUCAAUUCAACACAAUUGGGCGCGCCGCAGAGUCUCCACUCUAUAUCUUUUUGACUUUGGAGGGGAUUUUCUUUUCUUUUUUCCAUUCCGUCAUACCAGAACGGUCACCGUGCCGCCCUGCAUAACAGGUAGUAGUCCCAGUUUAGUUGGGUAUCAUUACAAUAGUUUACGUCUACCCGGUUUAGGACUAAGAGGGGCUACCUAUAAAGCUCCCGCUUUGGCCUCAACCCAUCCGGUCAAACUACAAAAACAUUCACCAUCUUCCUUCAGAACACCCUUCUCUUCGUCCUUCUUGUCUCUUUUGGGUGCUGGUGGCGGUGCUGGUUGUAGACGGGUAGUGGUGAUGAUGGGAUCUUCCGGUUUGAAGACAGCAAAUUACUUGAGACAUGUGGAAUCUUUGAAAAGUUCCCCAUCUGGGGCUGGUAAUAUCCCACAGUUGAACGCUGUAAUUUUGGGUGAAGCUCUUGCUUCUGAAGAGAAUGAUCGUGUUUAUCCUAGUGAUGAUUUCACUCGCCAGGCGUUGGUUCCUUCACCAAAGAAGUAUUUGGAAAUGUACAAAAGGUCAAUUGAGGACCCUGCCGGUUUCUGGGCCGAGAUUGCUUCCCAAUUCUAUUGGAAGCAAAAAUGGGACCAACAAGUUUGCUCAGAGAAUCUGGAUAUCAGGAAAGGCAAUAUCAAGAUCGAGUGGUUCAAGGGCGGUAUCACCAACAUCUGCUAUAAUUGCGUGGACAGAAACAUUGAAGCUGGAUUAGGUGACAAAAUGGCUAUUUACUGGGAAGGCAACGAGCUUGGUGAUGAUGCCACUCUGACAUACUCUCAGCUGCUCCAUCAAGUUUGCCAGCUUGCAAAUUAUUUGAAAGAUAUUGGUGUUAAAAAGGGUGAUGCUGUAAUUAUUUACUUGCCCAUGUUAAUGGAACUCCCUAUAGCUAUGCUUGCAUGCGCUCGCAUUGGUGCAGUUCAUUCGGUUGUAUUUGCCGGAUUCUCUGCAGAAUCGCUUUCACAGAGAAUCAUGGACUGCAAACCAAAAGCUGUAAUAACAUGUAAUGCUGUUAAGAGAGGCCCUAAGGUCAUCCCACUGAAGGACAUAGUCGAUGCCGCCGUUGUUGACUGUGCCAAUAAUGGGGUCUCUGUAGAUGUGUGCUUAAUUUAUGAUAAUCAAUCAGCAAUGACAAGAGAAAACACUAAAUGGCAGGAAGGAAGAGACAUAUGGUGGCAGGAUGUCAUCCCUAAAUAUCCAACUACUUGUGAAAUAGAGUGGGUUGAUGCAGAAGAUCCUCUUUUUCUGCUCUAUACUAGUGGGAGUACGGGAAAACCAAAGGGUGUUCUCCACACAACUGGAGGAUAUAUGGUAUACACUGCAACGACUUUCAAGUAUGCAUUUGACUACAAGCUGUCUGAUGUCUACUGGUGUACUGCUGACUGUGGUUGGAUUACGGGGCACAGUUAUGUCACAUAUGGACCAUUGCUCAAUGGAGCUUCAGUGGUUGUAUUUGAAGGGGCUCCAAAUUAUCCUGAUUCUGGUCGCUGUUGGGACAUUGUUGACAAAUACAAGGUGACAAUAUUCUAUACUGCACCAACUUUGGUGCGGUCUCUUAUGCGUGAAGGUGAUGAGUAUGUUACCCGCUAUUCUCGCAAAUCCUUACGGGUCCUUGGAAGUGUAGGCGAGCCUAUUAAUCCAAGUGCAUGGAGGUGGUUCUACAAUGUAGUUGGAGACGCAAGGUGUCCUAUAUCUGACACUUGGUGGCAAACUGAAACUGGUGGCUUCAUGAUUACUCCGUUACCUGGUGCCUGGCCACAGAAGCCUGGUUCUGCUACUUUUCCUUUCUUUGGGGUUCAGCCUGUCAUAGUAGAUGAGAAGGGUGUUGAGCUUGAAGGCGAGUGCAGUGGGUACCUUUGUGUGAAAACCUCAUGGCCUGGUGCAUUUCGGACUCUUUAUGGUGAUCAUGAAAGAUAUGAAACUACAUACUUUAAGCCUUUCGCUGGAUAUUAUUUUUCUGGUGAUGGCUGUUGCAGGGACAAGGAUGGAUAUCACUGGCUCACUGGACGAGUUGAUGAUGUUAUCAACGUUAGUGGACAUCGUAUUGGCACAGCAGAAGUGGAAUCUGCUUUAGUUUCUCAUCCACAAUGUGCAGAAGCUGCUGUGGUUGGCAUUGAGCACGAGGUGAAAGGACAGGGCAUAUAUGCAUUUGUAACUCUUGUGGAGGGUGUUCCUUACAGUGAGGUACUCCGGAAGAGCCUUAUACUCACAGUGAGAAAGCAGAUCGGAGCAUUUGCUGCGCCUGACAAAAUCCAUUGGGCCCCUGGCCUUCCGAAAACAAGGAGUGGAAAGAUAAUGAGGAGGAUUCUGCGGAAAAUCGCUUCCAGGCAGUUAGAUGAGCUUGGCGACACAAGCACACUCGCAGAUCCAGGUGUGGUGGAUCAACUAAUUGCACUUGCAGAUAGCUGAAACUGCCAAUGGAAGCUCAUCCGUCAGGAUGUUUUGAGUACAGUUACUAUACCUCACCAGACAUGAGUACUUCGGGCAACCACUUUUCCUUUUUCUCCUUCAUAUUCAUAACUCAGGCCUCAUUUUGAACCUUCAAAUCACUGUAAUAAAUAAAUAAAAUCAAAGCAAGGUUCCAUAGGUUUUCUAUUUUCACUAUUCGUUUUUAAAAAAUUACAAUUAUGUUGUUCCAGGAGUCUUGUCCAGGACUUGUAUUAUAUUUUCCGAAAUAAAAAAAAUGCCGGUCGUUGUUUUAUUGGUAAA